CUCACGACACGAAGCAAGCAACACAUCUCAAUUUCUGCUUCAACUCGAUCUCUCUUUCGUACGUUCAGCUUUCCCCCAAUCGCCAUGGACGGUCUCAUUCCCAUGGCUUACAGAGCCCUCAAGAAAUACAACACUCGCCGCCGCUACCAAUGCCUCUCCGCCGACAACGACGCCCAAGUCACCGAGCAGCCACCCACCAAAUCGGAGAACGGCAGCAGCGGAUCAAGCCAUCACCAUCUCUACGUCUCGGCCGGAGCUUUCCUGAAGUCAUCAGAGGAUCAUCACCAGCGGUACAAGUCAUCGGCAAGCAUGAGUACGAGCUCCAUUAUGGUCGAUGCCGACGGCGGAGCUAUUCGGAAGCGGCGCUAGGGGACGGCGGGCCAACCACCGGCUGCUGUUUCGUUGUGUUACCUAAUUCCUGUUCCGCCCUGAUCGAUGUAGAUGCCGUAUGGCUGUGCAGUUAUGAUAAUCAAAUUUAUUGUGAAAUCAUAUAUUAAUUAUUGUGAUGAACAAAUUAAUUUUAAUUUUUGUUCCAAUCAUAUCAACUAAGAGUACACUCCUAAAAUCUAAUGCCAAAACCUUGAUUCCUUUUUGUUUUCUUUUUAUUUACUGUGAAUGAGAGGUAUAAAUGUAACAAGUCGUGGAAUGUAUUUUUCCCCCCUGUAAUUAGCCGUGGAAUGUAUUUUUUCCCCCUGUGGAAUAUAUUGCAUUGGUAUAGACGAGAUUUGAUAUUCAAAUUUUAUAAAUAAGAGAUGACUAGUUUGGUAUGAAUUGAUAGAGUUAUAGAUCAAUCAGGCAUUCAGGUUAUAGGUCAGUAGUGGUUUGUUCAGGUUUUGGAGUGGUAUGGUGUAGGUGAAUGAGGUUUUGGUCAAUUCGAAUUUUUGGCAAGUUGGUAUGAGUAUGGCUAGAUUUUGCUAGUUUUAGAUAUUUAGAGUGUAUGUUGGGCAAGAUGUGUUCAGAUUUUAUCACAAUCCAUGUUUGCUGCAGUUCAUCCCAAGUGGAGCUUAUAGAGAGACUUUUUUUUUGUUUUGGGUGAAAGCUUAUACCGAGAAUUUGAUAAUGGGUUUGUGAAACUUAAAGAAGUGCAGAGAUGGGAAGGUCUAUGAUUCUUUCCAAAUCUCCAGGGAUUACAUAGACAUUCUGACUUGCACUGUGGAUAGUUAUUAAAAUCAUAUCAAUUAAUUCGACUAAGAACCUCGAUCUGAAUCCUAUAUUCAAUUCGGAUAACUCUAAAUCGACUCAUAAACUAGUUCGACGGUCUAAUACAAGCAAUUAACUGUUGAAACCGGCCGCCACAAAUAACUAGUUUGCGGCCAAAUGUUUUUGCACGUAUAAAACUCCUAUUACUAAGAUUUGAAUCUUGGUUGUUCAAGUGGUAAGUACUAUGACCAACUAAACUACAUAUAAUGUAUUUGUUACAAUUUCUUUAAUUAAAUGUUAGAAAUUUUUCAGUGCUCGAUAUAUAUAUAUAUAUUUGUCUUUUUUAUUAUUUAAGUUCGAUGUUAAUAACUAAUUUACUUGAAGUCAUUUAUAUCUUAUAAAAGAGACUGAUCUUGAAAUCAGAACUUAAGUAAUACUCAUUUGAGUACUGAAUAUUAAUAUGACGAAUAACAAUAAUAUUUCUCUUUGCGACUCCGUUUUUUUUUACAAAAGAUAAUCAUAUAUUGAUAUGAAAAAAAUAGAUCAUUACAUCAUGUGGUUCAGCCAGGCCACAAAAUCAAAUGAACUACACGCUAUCGGGUAAAAGAAAGGGCCUUUCAAACCAAGUGAGCUACCCUAUUAUUAAGCCGACCUAUGAAUCGAACACUAAACCCCACAUGCUCAGCCAAAUAUCGUAGAACCUCAUGGAGAUGUACCUGCUCUGCUAUCAUGCUCUUGAGUUUGAUUAAGCCUAUCGAUAACCACCUACGCAUCUCCCUCAAACCUCACCAUCGAAAAACCCUUUUGAAUGCACCACAUAAUUGCUUCUUGGAGAACCAAGAGCUCCACUAUCAUGGGAUCAUCCAUCCCCGGGAAAUGGACUGCUGCAGCAGAGAUGACCUCCCCCCUUGGUUCACGAGUAUCAUCCCCCCAGCCGAAUGUGACCCACGCCUCGUCGCCCCAUCCCACCUGUAGACUAUAGAACUAGGGUUGACAGGCUGCGCACCACCAGCCCCAGCCCCAGGGGUGCACACCACCUGGUCCUUAGGCAGAGAUGUCCACUCAUUCAACUGCUGAUAGUAUUGUCUCAUUAGAGCGGGGAUCCCAAACUGUUUGCCUUCAAAGACAACCUAGUUACGAGAAUUCCAAAUCCGCCAUAACACAGCCACAACCGCCAUGACUUGAUGCAGACUCUGAACAAUAACCAUAAGCUUUUUGA